AUGACCCAAGAUUCUAUUAUUACAUGUUUAUACAGGAAGCGUAGUCAUUGCAGUGUAGGUACAUCAAAUUCUGAGGUUAAUCUUGGACAUGAGAAUAAAAAGCUACACAAAUCAGAUACUAAUAAAGGAGAGAAUAUUAACAUAAAUAGUGAUGAAACUGCUGUAGCUACAAUAGCUACCAUUCAAAGUAAGACUCAGGGGAUAUCAACGAUUUUGCUUAAAACUUUAUCUUCAAGGCAUAUUCAACAACAUGUUGUACUUUGUGAUAACUUAAGAGACCAGUACCCAACCACAAUAAGGCACUAUGUAGUUAAAGAUACAAAUUGUACCCAAAAUCUCAGGAAUUAUUCAAAUAUUCAGGCAACUAAUCAAGCUAACCAAGUAAUGUAUCGAAAUUUGACGAUUUUAGAUACCUCAAAGAAAAUUAUUAGUUCUAAUCCCUGUGUAAGGAAAUCUGGGUAUUUAAUAAAGAUGUUUCCUCCUCAACCUAUUCAAUUAGUGCUUCAAUCUCCAUUGACACUGCUCCGGUAUCUAUCAAAUUUUAUUUUAAGAUCAAAUAUUUAUUGGCCUUGCAAGAAUACAAUACCCAAUGAGAAUCAGGAUCUUACUUCUUACUUGUACAGAUACUCAAAUUAUAAUAAUAAACUUGAGGAACCACCAAAUAAUAAGGCUGCAAUUUCUACACUAUCUGGAUGGAUCCCCUCUUGUUCUAGAUGUUUUAUACCGGGUUUCCAUGCUAAAAUUGCAUGGUUAAUACCUCCAAUUUGUAUUGGUAGAGGUGGCAGAUUAAAAAGAAAGAAUGGAUUUCUGCAAAGCUUGCCACAAGAUUUGGUAUCAGCUAACUUCUCCUUCAAAAGUUUCCUAACAGUUGAAUCAUCUCAUUUACUUCUCUGCAAUUCUUUAAAUCAUUCAAGAGAAGUAUUUUAUAGAGGUGCAGUACUAUUACAUGAUGAAACAGGGCAUGAUCCAUCUUAUUAUAUUGACAAAGAUUUGGACACCGAAAAUAUUUUGGAUAGUGAUAUUUACAACUACAAAAGUGGAAAUUAUUGUCAACUAUCAAAAGAGUGCUUUAAAACAGCAUCUAGUUCAGAUACCAGAUCAAAUAGAGCAGUAUUUUGUGGGUUUGUUAGUUUAGAGAUGCCUUCAAGCAAGGGCUCAAAUAAUCAACCAAGUGUGUCUGCUGAAAAUAGCUUACAUACAAUAUCAACAACCGAAUCACCUUCAAACCAUAUUCUUUUUUCAGAGCAAAUAACUUGUAAAGAAAUCAAUGAACCAGGUGGGAAGGUUAUAACUGAAAUUGGCGACUGUGAUGUUCUUUUGGACUCGAAAGCUAACAAUACAACAAAGGCACUAAAUGUGGAUCAUUCUUAUAUAUGUCUAUUGAUUCCACGCUUUCAAUGCUCAUUUCAGCUAAGUGAAGCUGAGAAGUCUAUACUGACAUUUUGUAAGCCAUGCUAUAUUUUAUUAUGGAAUUAUGAUUUACGCCCAGGAAUUAGCUUUAACAAUACUGAAACUAACUGGAUCUGUUGUCGUUGCAAUUUUUAUCCAGUUAAAUACUUCGCGUAUAAGUAUGAAACAUCUUUACCUGUGGAUAUAAAUCCUCACAAAAUUGCUGUUUUAGAUCAGUUAAAUCGAGUUAGGACGACUACAGAUGCAAGGAUGUUUGCUUGGAUCCUAGCUGGAUGCUUACAAAUUACACUAAAAGAAAUACUUGAUGAUUCAUUUGCAGAUUUCCUCGUUAAUCAAACUAAUACAAGAAAGGUAUAUAAAACUACAAAGAGUAGCGAAAUUACUGAACAUGUUGAUAAGACAGCUAGAUUCUCAAUAAACAACACCCUAUCACUUUUAAACAAAUAUAUUCCUACAGGAUCAUUAUGUGGAUUUCCUGAGGCACCUUUAAAUAAUGAUGGUAAACCUAAGUGGCCUAUAUUAAGAGAUUUAAUAGAUGUAGAUUUUGAUGAUACUCCACAUAUACCUUUCAGUAGUCAAUGA